CAGUAACAUUUAGCUAUUUUUCUAUAUAUUUUGCUGUAUUUCACAAUUCAUGGCAAUGGCAUUGUUAGGUGGGCUAGCUACACCAUUAAUUCAACCUAGGAAAGUUGGAGGAGGCACGAAGUAUCCUCCAAAAGUUUCAUUUGGAGGCAUGUUAUUUCCAUGCAAGAAGAAUUUUGUUGGAGGCAUGUUAGUUCUAGUUCCCGUGGAGAAGAAGUUUGUUGGGCUUCAAGUGGAGUGUAAGAGAAAACCGAGAGGAGCCGGACGGGAUGGCCCGUACAUGUGUGGGGAAUGUGACGAACGAUUCAAGACAGAAGGAGGUUAUAAAAACCAUUGGAACACAAAGCACGCCGAAAUUGUCGCCAAUAAGUUUUGGUGUCGGAAGUGUACUCACUAUUUUAUCAACUCGGAGAGGUUGAAAAACCAUCAAUGUCUUACCCCUAUCGAGCGAGCGUUAAGAGACGACGCUCGCAUUCGGGAGGAAGAGGAGGAGAAUAUGAAAAAGAAAGAGGAGAAUAAGAAAAAGAAAGAGGAGAUGGCUGCGGCGGCAAUAGCGGCGGCGGAGAUGAAGUCACUGGCGCCGGAGGAAAAGACGCCUCCGACGGCUGAGGAAGAGGCGCCGCCGGCCACCGAGGAAGAGACGCCACCUGCGUCUGAUGAAAAGGCGCCGCCGGUGGAGGAAACCGAGAAAAAGAACACUCAGCGUGUCAGUAGCAAUGAGUUUGCUGGCACUGCUGAUCUGAUUUUGAGUUUUUGCUUCAGCAAUUGCAUGUUUUUGGAAUUCACCACAAGUCUUGUUUACGACUCUUUCAGUACUGAUCAAGUUGCAAUGAUGAUCAAAAUAUUGGCAUCUUUGUUAAACGAAAGCUUUGGCAUCAAGCUUCUUAGAUGA